UCAACUACCGCACCACAACAAGCUUCCACUUCACCCGGUGACGGCGCUCAUAUUCCCGCAGAGAUUCGCAAUCCCUCCGAGGUUGAUUACAAUGAUCCCAAUAUAAACGUGGUAGAGGUCCCUGCAGAGAAAAAACGGUCUCCCACAUUCAAAGAACAAACUUUUGGUAAACCAAAUGUCAAAGAGCACGGGGAACAAGUGUUGCGAGGUGAAGAGACCAUUCCAGUGAAACGCCGUCGAGGUUCAACUUCGGAUUGAUAUCUUGGUCGUGUCAGUGGCUUUCCUUGUACUCUAUCAUAUUACUUGAGCUACAUCAUUCGUCACCAUGGACCACAUGCGGUAUUGUAUAGUAGGGCAAUCAAGGUAUAACAUAUUUACCCAUGAAAAAUUAUCUUCCCAUCGUCACAAGUAUAACCAGUAAUAUACGAGAUUUCCCGAAUGUUCAAACGCUCAAA